CGUCUGCUACAAGCCAAACGAUAAAGAGCUCUUCUUCUCUCACCCAAUCACUCACACUCUCUAUCUCUCUGCCUCUUUGGAAUAAAAACGGAAAUUAAGCCAAAAAAAAAAUAACAACAACGGCAAAAGAUAAGAACAACGGUUUAUUUUUUGUUUUGCACAGCCGCUCUCUCUCUAUGUGUGAUUGCUCUCUCCCAAGUGUGAUUUAUGUGUUAUACGUUCUCCCUCUCUUGUUUUUUGAGGGCGACCAACUAACCUAGUCAACAACCGAUUGAAGUCAUUUUUAUCAGCCUGCCAAGUGAACACUUGUUUCAUACGUUCGCUGAUCGUUGAAGAAGCAACAACGGAGUGCUAACGCCGCGAAACGCCAGAGAACUUAGAAAUUACUAAAAAAAACUGAACUGAAACCGCAAGCAAGUUAGAACGAAAAAAAUAAACGCAACGUUUUUUUCGAAAAGCGGAACUUUGUGAUAUCGGAAGAAAAGAGAAAAAAUUGAAAAUAAAAUUCAAACAAUAAUUUAAAAAAAAUUGCCAAGUGAAAAAUUUUGAAAACUUGCAAGGCAAGAAAUUGAAAAACAAAUUGUGAUUUAAAUUUUUUGAAAAAAAAUAUAAACAAAAUAAAUAUGGUUACCGGUGUCUGUGGCCCAACCAUGACCGCCAAUGUUAUUGGAGCUCCCGUACCUCAUGCCGCCAAGGAGGCACCCACCAAAAGUGAUCGUCGUUCUAACAAACCCAUUAUGGAAAAAAGACGACGAGCACGCAUCAAUAACUGUUUAAAUGAACUGAAAACGUUAAUAUUGGAUGCAACCAAGAAAGACCCGGCUCGUCACUCCAAAUUGGAAAAGGCCGAUAUCUUGGAAAAGACCGUCAAACAUCUACAAGAACUGCAACGUCAACAGGCCGCCAUGCAACAGGCAGCCGAUCCAAAGAUCAUCAACAAAUUCAAGGCUGGUUUCACCGACUGUGCCAAUGAGGUGUCCCGCUUUCCCGGUUUGGAACCCUCAGUGAAGCGCCGCCUUUUACAACAUUUGCAAAACUGCAUUAAUGGUGUCAAAACCGAAAUGCAUGCCCAGCAACGUCAACAGGCUGCCGCUGCUGCUGCCGUACAACAAUUGCAUGGACAAAUCUUGCCUUCACCACCCUCCUCGCCGGAACAAGAUCACCAUCAUCAACAUCAGCAAUAUAUUAUGAGCUCGCAGAUUCAGCAAACACCCCAUGGCUACUUCCUGCCCAAUGGUCUGCAGGUGAUACCCACCAAAUUACCCAAUGGCAGUAUUGCCUUGGUUUUGCCUCCCCAACAACCGGGACAAGUUCACCCCCAUCAUCAACAACAACAACAACAGCAGACACAGCCACAACAACCUCCCAUGUUGGUGCCCAUUCCCAGCCGCACAGCCAGCACUGGAUCGGCUUCAUCGCACAGCUCUCAGUCCACCUAUGAACAUGUUUACCCCGCCUCCAAUCACAUGAUGCAUUUUGCCCCACCCAGCCCUGCCAAUUCCCAUGAGGCCAUGGAUUACAAACCCUCGGUCAUCCAUCAUGCCCCAGCUGCCCAGCAACCACAAAUGCAACAACCCCUAUCCCUGGUAACCAAAAAACAAAUCAAAGAAGAAGAGCCCGUCUGGCGUCCAUGGUGAAGUGGCCAACCCCCACCCACCCAAAAAUUGAGAGGAGUCACUGCUGCCUACUCGAAAGAGACUGAACAGUUCUUUUGUAUCAAAAGAUAGCCAGGCUCAGGCCCAAACGAUGAUGAUGGCGUGUCACACAACCGGAAAUCAUUUGAAGAGCAAAGAGACAGGAUAACCUAAUUUUUGCCAAGGCCAAAAUGGCUAAACAAACAAACAAAAUGACCAAAAUGGAGUACAAAAUGGAGGCCCAAGGCCAGACCAAACUAAAAAACAAACACAAAAAAACCUCAACAAAACUAGCUGAUCCAGGGAUAAAAUAAUUCUGCUCAUCUCAUCUUGUAUCGUUCGUAUCUAUCGUUCUCACUCACACCUGAACGUUUUCCACACCAAACCGGAAAAAGGGGGAAAUGUGCCACAGGUGUUUGAAUUUUCAUCUUCGUUGCAUUUUCUGGGACUGUUGUUGGCCAUGGAUGGCUGGGAUGGAGGCUGCUCUUUACUAUACGCCCAUGGAGAGUAUAUUGCUAAAAUAGAGUCAUGCGCUCAUUCCUUACCAAAACAGACUCAGCAGAGAGUAAAAAAAAACAAUUUGGCUCUCUCUUACAUUACUAUUAUGAAAAGAGAGAGAGAGAGGGUGUAAGGCUAAAAGGAUAUUUACAUCACAAAAAUCAAGGAACUCAACUACCUCACCAAGAAAAACAAAAACACACACACAAAUAAACAUCAUCUCGCUCUCACACACCUUCUCACACAAACACACAACUCUAGAAUGAUGUCAGUUACAAGAGUAUUAAGUAUUAUAGA